UAUAUAGAAUCGCCUAAAAACAAACAACACCAUUACUUUGUAAGCAACCCAAAAUGAAAGUGUUCGUACUGUUAGCUGUCUGCUGUGCGGCUGUUGCAGCCCUUCCCGCCGAAAGGAUUGCCGGUGGAGCUGCCGUGCCAAUUGAGAGCCACCCUAGUGCCGUCGCUCUUCUUUACACACAAAACUGGUUCAACUACUUGCAAUCAUGCGGAGGAGUCAUUAUCAACAGCAGAUCUGUCCUCACCGGUGGUGUUUGUGCCAAGAACGAUCCCGCCAACAGAUGGCGCGCCCGCAUCGGUUCAACUUUCCCCAACCACGGCGGUGAAAUCUACUUAUUCCAAACUAUAAUCGUCCACCCGGAGUUCGAUCUGGACUCUCUAAUCAAUGACGUUGCCAUUAUGCGUACCAACAAUCCCAUUGCCUUCAGUAACGUAGCUAGUGCGGCUGCUAUUGCUGGCACCAACUAUAACCUUGGUGACAACACACUUCUCACGGCUGUUGGCUGGGGUCAGACUAUGUUUGGGGGUUCUGAGCAACUGCGUCGCGUGGAAGUCCAAAUCAUCAACCACUCGAUCUGCGCUUCUCGUUACAUAACCCACACCGGUAUUACCGUCACCAACGACAUGUUCUGCUCUGGCUGGUUGGACCAGGGUUGGCGCGACACCUGCAGAGGAGAUGAGGGAGGCCCCCUUUACCACAACAACGUUGUGUACGGAAUUUUCUCCUUCAACAACGGAUGCGGCUCAGCCUUCUUCCCUAGUGUCAACACUCGUGUACCCGCUUUCAGCUCAUGGAUCCAGGCUAACGCAUAAUAUUAAGACUAUUUAAUUUUAAAAUAAACGACUGAGCUAAUAA